AUAUGGAGUUGUUCUUUGACGCUCCGCCAAUCCAUAUGCCAGUUUGGAAAUAAUAUUUUUCUUUUAAAUUUCUCAUAAAUGCUUCCAAGAUCACCUCUGGCAACAUCUAGCUAGCUUUCAUCCUGCUUGCGGCUCAGAUCUCCCCCCCUCCAACCGCCUCCCUCCUCUUCUCUUCUUAUGUUAAAGUUUCUCCCAAUCCAUUUUCCUCUCAUUUUCACUUUCUGGCCUGUACUGAUGCAAUCAACCUCAGAUUGAUCCAUCAUCAUCAAGAACGAUGCAAGACUCCAUUGGGAUUCCUGCCUGCUUUUCUUCUGCGGACAAGUUCACUGAUGAUCCAGGGGCUGUGACCCGAUCAGGCCAGAGUGUUUACAUGUCAUUAUAUAGAACAAAGAUCGCUGAUCAGUGCCGUUUGAUCACCAUCACAUGGUGCAAAAACUCGAUGCUUCAUGGCCUAUCAGUAUCAGUUGGAGGCCUAGGAGGAGAAACACCACACACCUGCAAGGUUGAGCUAAAGCCAUGGUACUUCUGGAGGAAGCAAGGCACGAAGCGAUUCAUAGUAGAUGGCAAAGCUGUUGAUAUCUUCUGGGACCUCAAAGCUGCAAAAUUUCAUGGAGAAACAGAACCAACCUCAGAAUACUAUGUGGCAGUGGUUUGUGAUCAAGAGAUAGUUCUGCUUCUAGGUGAUCUUAAGAAAGAUGCCUUCAGAAGGACAGGCUGUAGGCCAGCUCUUAUUGAGCCCAUUCUGGUUUCAAAGAAAGAGCAUAUAUUUGGAAAGAAAAAGUUCUCCACCAGGGCUAAAUUCCACGACAAGGGUAGGUACCAUGAGAUCUCAAUAGAGUGCAAGAACAAGAGCAGUGUGGGAAGCAACAACAAUGGUGAUUUUUCCCUAAAUGGGGUUCAGCCAGAGAUGGAGAUAAGGAUCGAUGGGCAUUUGAUGAUUCACGUGAAGCACUUGCAGUGGAAAUUCCGAGGCAAUGAAUCAAUUCAUCUCAGCAAAAUGAGAAUAGAGGUAUACUGGGAUGUUCAUGACUGGCUCUUUAGUCCUGGUUUAAAGCACGCUUUAUUCAUCUUUAAGCCAAUUAUGACGUCAUCAUCUUCUUCCUCAUCUACUCCUUUAUCAUCUCAGACAGAGAGUUCUGGGUCAUUGGAGAGUCUUGGUGUUAGUGGGUCAUCAGAGUUUUGCUUGUUUCUCUAUGCUUGGAAGGUUGAGUAAUUUUAUCAUCAACCUGAGGCUCCCUCAUCAAUCAUCAAACCCAGCAGGCAAGAGAAAAGAAAAAGACAUGGGUCUGCAAGUGAUGGAGCAACAUGGAGUGGGAAGGAUAGAGAUUAGGUAGAGAGAGAAGGCACUGAAAAUGCUAGUGGGCCCAAGCAGAAGGUUUGGGAAUUAAUUACAGCUGCUGUUGAAGGAUUGGGCAAAAUUGGACAAUACAGAUUGGAUCACACACACAUACACACACAUGCUCUUUUUGUCUCCAUCCACCACAUGGACAUUCAUCGUCCACCUUCUUGAUCUGAUCUUGACAAGCGAGCUAUGUAUUCUUUCAAAAUCCAUCGACCGUAGGUAUAUGUAAUCUAUAGUAUUUUAUAUAUACACAGAUAUAUAUUCACAAUAAA